CGAGCAAUGAGAGCGAGAAGGGCUCAUCGUGGUAGUACUGAUUGCGGCAACCAGCUUCCAAAGUGAAGAGGACCAUAAUCUGGUGGCAUUGUCCCCCGUCCCAGGCAGGAUGCAAACUAUGGCUAUAUCAUGAGAGAGAGCUGCGAGCUUGCGUCCGUUCCAGGCAUAGCCACGGGAGUCAAGCUUCAGUUUCAACCUUUUUCACAGAAGCAAUUAAAUUAUGCUCAGAGUUCCUACCUUAGAGCCCAGGAGGGCUUGUUGAUAGGACCGACCAGUACCAUUGGAAGCCAGCCUUGCACUGGAUUGGUGAAUCAAGUGCAUCUAACGGCAACAUACAUGCAUUCCUUCUCACCCCCGCUCCUCGCAUACACAUCUAUCCCGCUUUUCCCAAAACGAGCCAGGACAUUUUCGUCUCCCACGGUUCCCGUGGAGACCCAUCAGGACCUGUGGUUCGGCCGGAUAUUAGAUCCUACCAUUGAUGGACGGAGGACUUAGAUCUGAAAUUACACUGUUGACGGAUGUCCUACACGUGAUUAACCUUUUGUUUCGAUUCUUUCCCAUCUUGCUUCUCAGUAUGAUUGCCGUCGGUGCCAUAGCGGUGCCAAGCAGGGCACAUUAUUACCCAGUACCAACGAUGCAGAGACACUAAGGGUUCUGCAGGGACAUUCUUCAGUCAUGUGUCAAAGUGGUUUCCUACUGAGAUACAUAUCAUUCAAAGAUCUGUCCUUAACGGAGCGUUGGAAUAUUAAAAUCGGGUCUUCCAGUGAGGAUUUCGGUUCUUCUGAACCGGAAGUUCCUUUUGCAUCUCUCCCCUUAGCUACUAUUCGGUUUCUUUGUGAAACGGAUUUUCGUCUGAUUUGUCGGGAGCAAAUGCUUAUCUGUUUGUUGGAGAUCUCUGACAUAUUUAUCAAAUAUUUCAUAUGUAGUUUGUCCUUUCGUAUACAUUGAAAUUUAUUAUGAGACAAAA